GUCAAUAAUAUUCAGUAGCGCGCAGUCAUCCGAUGCACUAGGUGGCGCUAUCAUGUUUAUUUAUUCCUCUGCUACUGACGACAAAACGCAGAAAAAUCACCCAGCACUGUAACACACGUGGAAACUGGUGUGAUAAAUACUUUUUAAGAUGACAUCUUUAGCACAUCAGUUGAAGCGGCUGGCAUUGCCUCAAAAUGACGCGAAUCUGUUCAACCGAAGAGAGGUCGCCUCUGUACUCUUUGAACCUAAAGAUGCUGCCAGCAUGGACAGAAGCACCUUCUAUGCACUGGGAUGCACAGGAUUGGAGGAGAUGAUGGGAAUUGAUCAAGCGUUCAGUGAGUUUCAGGAAACUCUCUUCAGUCAGGCCUCUCUGACUUUAGAGCGCAGCGUUCAGUCCAAAGAGGUCAACAAGAAACUGGACACGAACAUUUCUCUCUUUCUCACGCGGCUGUCACCUUACUUUCUGCUCAAGCCUGCUUUGAAGUGCAUCGAAUGGCUAGUACACAGAUUUCACAUUCACCUGUACAACCAGGACAGUCUGAUCGCUUGUGCGUUGCCAUAUCACGAGACUAAAGUGUUUGUACGAGUGAUUCAGCUUUUUAAAUUGGAAGAUCCAACCCACAGAUGGCACUGGUUACAUGGACUUCAGAAGCCUGGUGUUCCUUUGGCUCGAGGAACUCUUCUCACACACUGUUAUAAGGAUUUAGGCUUCAUGGAUUUUAUAUGUACUAUGGUCACAAAAUCAGUCAAGGCAUACUCUGGAUUUUUCCGCGAUGGAAAUUGUCCCCAGCUCAGAGUCAUCUUCUCUUUUUAUGCUUCUACCAUCGUUGCUGCGCUUGAUGCAGUUGAGAAGAUAACGGAUCCUAUUAUUGCCAAACUACUACCACAUAUACAACUGGGGCUAAAAUCUGAGCUGUUGGACUACAAGGCCGCAAGUUACAUGAUCGUGUGUCAGCUGGCAGUAAAGGUGGUGAUGGAAGAUCAGCUUGUGAACUCAUUGACCGUUCAGUUGGGCAGGUCUUUAGGUCAAACACCACAGCUAGUGAAAGAUGGUUUGAGCUCCAUCAUCAUCCUCCUGCAAAACCAAAAAGAAGAAGUGGUUGGUCCAAAGCUGUUUGGAUAUCUGUGUGCUGUCCCUACUUUGGUGUCCACCUUGCAGAGUAUAUCAACAGUCCAUGACAUCAGUCCACUGAUGCGUUACCUGCUGCCACAUCUCAUCCACUCGGUCAUUAACCAGGAUGGUGAGCAGCAGAAUAAAGAUUCAUCAUGUAGUGUUGAGCAUCACAGUUUAUUAGAGUCAAUCUUCCAGAACCUUCAGUUGAGCAACCAACUCGAGAACAAAGUGGCCAGGCUUCUUUUGGAUGAAUAUGUUGCCAGUGGCCGUGAGAUGUCCUCUGAUAAGAUUUCAGCUUUGAAUCAAAGGAUGCGGUCUACUGUACAACUGUUUGAAUCCAGGUAUCCAUCUGCAAUGGAUGUGGUCCUGGAAAAUCAUGUUAAAAAUGUAUCAUGUGACCAAGAAAAAAUCUUGCUGCACCACUUUAUCUCUCUUACUAUGAGCUGUGGGAAAUAUCAGAUCCUGGCAAAGUCGGACACAUCUCUCAUGCUCAGCUUAAACCACCCGUUACCCUCAGUGAGAAAAAUGGCUGUCAACUACCUGAAAGAGAUCUUCACCUCACAGCAUAAUGGUUUUGAUGAAGCGUUUCUGAAGGAUGUGUUAAUGGAGAGAAUAAAGGAUGAUGUGCCAGAGGUUGUGAUGUCUGCCAUUAAAGCAAUAAAGCUGCACAUGGACCGUAUGGAUUCAGAGGAGAUGGUUUCCAGUUUGAUCGCACUUCUACAGCGCAUCAAACCAUCAGCUGAUUGGUGUUCGGUGCUACAAGAGGCUGUGCGAGUUCUCGAUGACCCGCGAGUUGUUAAGGACAGCCCGGAUCUGAAGGAUCAGAUUGUGUGGGAGUUUCUGCCUUUCCUAGUGGUGACGAAUGCAGAGCCCGAAUGUGUGGAUCUACAACUGGCAUCAUGUGUCGCUAAAACCACUCUGAUCUCCCAGCAUCCUCUGACUGAAGGCUGGGCUGACGUGCUGAAUGUUAUUCUGGACGAAACCUCACAAUCAGAUGUGCUGGAGGUGGCCAACCAAAUGCUGACAACAACUCUUAUCAAGAAUCUGGCCAACAUGGAUCACACGACAAAACGCAACACUCUGGAAAGUGUGUGUAACGUCCUGGGACGUCAACGCGGUGGCGUUCGAGGUAAAGCAGUGUUUGUUGUGUUGAGUUACACACUUCUUCAGAGUCUGGAGUCUAUGAGUGAGAGUCAACAUCUUCACACAGCUCAAAGUGUCUAUAAACUCCUGGAGCCUUCACUCAUUCGGCUCUACGGAAUCAAGUCUGACCAGGUUUAUGAUGAGGGUAUGGAUAUGUCUGUGCCGGUGUGUGUCGGGCUAGGUGGGUUUCUGCAGAAGAUGAAUUCUGGUUUCAAAGCAGAGGGAGAACAUAGCCUUCUUCUUCUCUCACUCCUGCGACUAUUCAUCAAUGCCCUCAAAUGCCCCGACUCUACAUUUAAAGGUGAAUCCUGGUGGAACUCAGAGAAGAUGGACACUAAUACUUGCUGUUACCUGGGCCUCCUGUGUCGUCUGUUUAAUGUGGUGAUAUCAGGGGCCAGUCAAGAAUCCCUGGCCCCCUGCUUCAGGGGCUUGAUGCAGCCUAUUCUACAGGUGCACCUGCGAGAGCCCUUGACCUUGUUUAAGUUCCUCUCUUUCCUAUGGGGCUACAACAGUAAUUUAGUUGACCAGCUGGAUUGUCGAGUCAGUGCCGUUCUGCAAACACAAGCUCUUUAUGUGGGAAAGGCUUUGCUUUCCAGCCAACCGUUAAAAACCCUCAACCUAUUGGCAUCGGGUGCUUCACCAGUGGUGCCGUCUUUGUUGGUGUGUUUGCGAUCGGGCGUUUGUGAGGUUCGAAGGGCUGCCAUUGCCGUGCUUCACUCUUUCACAGAGGUCACUUCUUCACCUUACCAUCCACUGGUGGAGAAGCUCCUUAAAUCAUCUGAGGAGAUCAUCGCUGACCCUUCAUACCAAAGCCAGGUUUUGUCCAAGCUUUAUGAGGAGGCAUUAUUAUUAAAAGGCAAGAAUAAGAAGCUGGCGUCUAUCGAUCAGCUCCUGCAAUGUGUGCAGUUACCCUGUUGUCCUGCUUACACCUCCAAAACACUGCUGCAGGUCCUUCAGGACAUCCACGGAGAGCAUGUUUUGAAUGUUCUUCUGCCCGCUGUGGAGCGACUUCUGGAUCAGUGUGCCCUAGACACCUGCACCUUCCUGCCGGAUGAGGCGCUUGUGCUGAAACUCUUGCUGAGCAAAUUCAACGAGCAGUCUGCACCUUUACUGGCCAAAGACCCCCGAUGCCUGGAGAUCUUUAUCAGGGCUAUUGGCACCCCAGCCAAGCCGUACCCCACUAUGCCUAGUUUCCAAAUUAUUGCCCUGGAGCAGAUCACCAAGCCGUUCUUUGCUGCUCUUGGAGACGAAAAGAUUCAACAGAGGAUUCUUGCUGUUCUGUUUGACUUGCUGGUGGGGAACAAAAACCCAGUCUGUGCCCAAACUAUCAACAGUGUCUUUAAAACGAUUUCUGUGGAUUCGGAGUUAGUGGCCAAUGAGUUGAUGCCUGCAGAUAAACAAAAAGUAGCAGUGACAGUUCAACAAGCACGUAGAAGUAAAAUACAGAGAAAAACACAAGAGGCACCUACGUCGGUGCCAGAGAAGUCUGACGUCUCCUGGUCGAGAGUCACACUGAUAUUAGAGCUGUUACAACACAAGAAGAAGCUGAAGAGAGCUCAGUGUCUAGUGCCCGCUUUAUUUAACCUGCUUUCCAGAUGUCUGGAGCCCGCAGCAGCGGAGCAGGAGAAUAUCGAGUACACCAAACAACUUCUCCUCAGCUGUCUCCUUAACGUCUGUCAGAAACUCUCUCCAGGCGGAAGUCCAAUCGGCAAAGAUGUGCUGGAGGAGGAUAAAUUUAAUGUGGAGCUGGUAGUGCAGUGUGUCAGGAUGUCAGACGUACCCCAAACUCACCAUCACGCCCUGCUGCUGCUCGGGGCUUUAGCUUCAAUCUUCCCUGAGAAAGUUCUUCACAACAUCAUGCCCAUCUUUACUUUUAUGGGUGCCAACAUCAUGCGACUGGAUGAUACUUACAGUUUCCAGGUCAUCAAUAAGACUGUACAGGCGGUCAUCCCUGCUCUUAUAAAGGCCCAUAAGGAUGGCAGCGCUCAGUCUGAUGGUCAUAUGGAGAUUGUGGUGACGCGUAUUGUACAUGUAUUUGUUGAUGCUCUGCCACAUGUGCCCGAGCACAGACGCUUGCCCAUCCUCAGUCAGUUGGUGGGCACGCUGGGCCCGUCUCGCUUCCUCUGGGUCCUGAUGUUACUUCUGUUCAAGCAACACGUCACACAGACGUCUGUGAGUGCCGCCGGGGCAGAAAAGGAGUCGGUUGUGGAGAGAGAUCAAGACUUCUGGAUCUCAGUGUGUUGUGAAUUUGAGGUAAAGGAGCAGCUCACCUCUAUCAUCAAGGUCAUGCAGUUUCUCAUGACUCUACCUCAAGAUAAUGAAGCUCCUGAGAAAAAGCGUGCACGAGGAAGAAGCGUGGUGAAGAAGGAAGAGACCGUCUCCGAUCUGAUCUUCAACGUUCAGGCUCAUAGUGGCAAAGAUCUCCGUCAUUUUAAAUUCCUCUCCGUCUCUUUCAUGGCUCAGCUACUGGCCUCCGACACGUUUGUUGGAAAGGUGGCUGACUGUGAAGACAUAACAGAAGCCGGCCUACAAAAUCUUCAACAGAAUCUGCUGGAGGAGGUCCUGCGCUACAUUCAUACGGUUGCUCGAUGUGUGGAGGAGAACUCGGACAAACCCACAGCUAAGUUCUGGAGAGCUCUGCUCAGCAAGUCAUAUGACACCCUGGACAAGGUAAACGCCCUUCUGCCUAUGGACACCUUCAUCACAGUAAUGAGAGGUCUGAUGGGUAAUCAGUUGCCGUCAGUCAGAAGAAAGGCCAUGGAGUUGCUCAAUAACAAACUACAACAGCGAACGCAAUGGCAGGAGGACCAGAUCACCGUGCUUCUUGAACUCAUCGGUGACCUCCUGAACAUUGUGGGUCGGGGUCACAGUCAAGCCUCUGCACAAGAAGACGAAGAGCAGGCCAUCAAUCGGCAGACGGCACUUUACAGCCUCAAGCUGCUGUGUCGCAGUUUUGGCUCAGACCAUCAGGAGCCGUUUGUCCCCGUGCUUAACAAAGCGGUGGAGCUGGUCGCUGAUAAAGACGAGGAGAAGAACGUCAUGGGAAGUGCCCUGCUGUGUGUGGCGGAGGUGACCAGUACCCUGAAGGCCCUCGCUAUACCACAGUUACACAGGCUGAUGCCCGCUGUCCUGAGAACUCUGAAGGAGAGGAAAGAUCUGUUGACCAAUGAAAUCUAUCUGCUGAGUGCCGUCACGGCCCUGCAGCGCGCGUCGGAGACCCUGCCACACUUCAUCAGCCCUUACCUGCAGGACACCAUCACACAGGUCACACGUUUAACUCUGCUUGUGGAGCGUCUGACGUCCUGCCCUCAGCUCCCUGUGCGUCUCACGUCUCUCAACAACACUCUCGCCACAAAAGUGCCAUCCAGGGUUCUUAUUCCCACCAUCACCAAAUGCUACUGUAGCAUGGUGGAUACACACCAGAAUCGUCUCGGCCCACUGAUGAACAUCUUGAAGGAACAUCUCACUCACAUGGAGAAGGACCAGCUCAAUCACCACCAAUCAGAGUUGACUUCCUUCUUCCUGUCUGCGCUCGACUUCCGUGCACAACAUUGUCAGGGAGAUCUGAAGAAGACCGGUGAGAUCGAGGGCAGUGUAAUCAACUGUCUCCUGGUGAUGAUUAUGAAACUUUCAGAAGUCACCUUUAGACCUCUAUUCUUCAAGUUGUUUGAUUGGUCAAAGAUGAAUGGCGCUUCUAAAGAGCGCUUGUUGACCUUCUAUAGACUGGCAGACCGCAUCGCAGACAGACUCAAAGGACUGUUUGUGUUGUUUGCCGGGCAGCUGGUCAAACCUGUUUCUGAAUUGCUCCGUCAACUCAACGCUGCCCAUACAGAUGAAGCCUUCUUUGAAUCGGAUGAGGAUGAUGAUGAAGAUGGGGAUAAUGUGGAGAAGAGCAGUUUGUUGCUGCAGUAUGUGUUGGAUUGUCUUCAUAAGGUCUUCCUCUAUGAUACGCAACGCUUCCUCAGUAAGGAGAGGGCUGAUGCUCUAUUGAGCCCCCUGGUGGAUCAGUUGGAGAAUAUGCUAGGAGGAGAGGAGGCCUACGAGACCCGCAUCACCAAACAUUUGGUGCCCUGUAUCGCCCAGUUCGCCGUUGCCAUGGGAGACGAUUCUCAAUGGAAAGUUCUCAAUUAUCAGGUUCUCCUCAAGACUCGUCACAGCUCUCCCAAGGUGCGUUUCUCAUCACUGGUCAUGUUGCUGGAGUUGGCAAGCAAACUAAGAGAGAACUACAUGGUUCUUCUACCAGAGACCAUCCCAUUCCUGGCUGAGCUUAUGGAGGAUGAGUGCGAGGAAGUUGAACAUCAGGUACAGAAGGUCAUUCAGGAGAUGGAGACUGUCCUCGGUGAACCUCUGCAGAGCUACUUUUAAUCUCACCCAAGAUUGAAUGAUUGACUUCAUGAGCAGCUUUUCUGUGCCUGACUAAUUUUGUCUGUCGGCUCCACCAGCAGCACAUCUCAUCUCCAGACAGACAGCUCAACGUCUGGGUUAUUGUCCUGCCUUUUGUCUUUUUAUCUGUGAUUGAAUAUGACAUGCCUUCACUUAAAAUAACAUGUUUGGUGUUUAAAUGUCUUUUGACAUUUUUAUGACAUUUUAUAAUGCAUGGAUUUGCAUCACUGAAACACUAUGCAUACAUACGAACAGAUGAAUCUAGAAAACAUGUAUUUGUAUUUCAUGAAGAGUGUAAAUUAUGAAAUCAAAACCCUGUUGCACAUUUCUUGCUUUGUUAACAAGUGUGAACAAGAAAAUCAACUUCAACCAAAAUAUAUGAAUUUUUUUAUUCUCUGAAA